AUAGUCAUACAGAUUGAAAAAAAGUGCCUUCUUCGCGAUCAGCUGCCUAUAAUAAUAUAGUGCUUUUGCCUUUAAUAAUAAAAUCUGCUAGACUCGGCAGACCUUCAGUAUUACUUUUAAGGUAUAUCGUUAUUGUACAAAAUGAAUUCCGCCUGGCUUCCACCAAUUAUCAUCACCUGCAUCUGGGCCUUCAUUGGUAUCAUUUGCCCCUUCUUUGCUCGCGGUCCAAAUAGAGGCGUGACUCAGUGCUGCCUUAUGUUGACCGCUGUAACCUGCUGGCUAUUUUGGCUGUGCUGUUACAUGACGCAAAUGAACCCACUGAUCGGACCCAAACUAUCAAUGAACGAAAUUAUGAUCAUGGCACGUGAAUGGGGCAACGAAAUUAAGGAUUCUAUGGAUGUUGUAGUAUAAAACGUCAAAGUUAUACGUUUUCUCCAUAUAUAUUUUGUUAAUACAUCUGUCAUUAUUUUGUUUUGCGUCCCUAUUAUUCUUGUUUCAAACUAAUUCAGUUAACGUUAUUUUAUUCAGAAGCGAAUAAAUAAUUCCCAUGUUUGUAUGAAAA